GUGGUUGACAGCUUCCUAUUUUUUUAUACGUGACACUGCACCCGUCAGCACCCGUACAACCGUAUUGUUUGUCGUCGGUCGUCGGUAUUUAUGCGUGAUCGUUAUUCCGGCACAGAGCGCGACAGGAAAUAUGAUAAUCACCCAUAUGGUCUAGGUCGUUUGAUAAUAACAUGUUGCUAAUAUAUGAUAAGCCGUGUAAGUCUGUAGGCUGCUUUAAAGUAAGGCUCGCCGGGCGAAUAAUCGUCGACGAAUCGCAAGGGGUUUGCAACAGCGAAGAAACGCAGAAGGUGAUACAUGUGUCGUUGUAGAGUAACCUAGCUGACGAUCAUUCUGCUUCACAUUCGUUUGGACGAUUGUACCGUUUACUCUCUCUCUCUCUCUCUGGUCUGCGUUGAGAUUCAGCUAACAUGAUUGGAGUAUAUCGUUUGGGAUUAUACUUAUUACUAUUCGAAAGCUGCAUCGGCGAUUAUGCCAGGUGGAACGUGCAAUUGCUAUGUCCCGACCUAUAUCCACGAGUGUUCACAAGUUAUUUGCCUCGUGGAAAUUUGACUGGCGGAACUUACACGCAACAAAUUCGCUUGUCCAACAUACAAGACUGCGUUAUGGCCUGUUGCAAGAAAUCCUUGUGUAACGUAGCAUUUAUGCACAAUAAUACAUGUUAUCAUGUGGAAUGUGAGAAUUCCAUAGUAUGCGUGCCAUUAUACAGACCCGAAUUGGCGAAUGAUAAUCCACCGAGUAUGGUACUGAUCAGACCUGUGGAAAGUAACAAAGUGUGGAGCGAUUUCUUGGAUCAAGUCAAUGAUAAUAAUGUUGGAACACUAAGUACAGAUGGCACGGAGCAAGAUCAAGUACUGUUUAAUGAAGCAAGCAGAAUUAAUUGUAUAGAUCAAUCAGGUUGCCUAGAUAACGAAAUUUGUGUAAAACAUGGGAAUCCCGAUGUUGGAAUUUGUCAGUGUCCUUUAGGUUUCAAGCGAAACAUUGCUGGCACAUGUAUAAUGAUAGAUGAAAUAGACGCUGAGCUCGGUGUAACGCAACAAGCAAAAGUUCCAACUAUGAAAGAUAUUAGUACGUCGAUUAAGCCGACUAUGAAACAACUGUUAGUCUCGGCAGUUUCUAAGGAGGUGAGAUUACCAGAAAAUGAAGCCACAUUAUCCGCCUAUACUGUGCCCGCUGAACGGGGCAAUCAGCAUUACAAUUACGCUUGGAGUUUGCUCAGUCAACCAGAGGGACACACUGGAACAAUGACAGAUCAGAAUCGUGUUACUGUUAAAUUGAGUAAUUUGUCAGAAGGCCUGUACACAUUUAAAGUAGCUGUAAGCAGUCCGAACGCUUACGGAGAAGCUUACGCCAAUGUCAGCGUUUUGCCUCCGAAACGUAUCAACCAAGCACCAAUUGCCAUAAUUACUCCCGCCUCGCAAAUAGUAAAGCUACCGAAUACGGGCGCGGUCUUAGAUGGCUCGAAUAGCAAGGAUGAUGAUCGUGUCAUCUCUUAUCACUGGGAAUUGCAACAAGGUCCAAUUGGAUAUCAGCCUAACCUUGUGGAUACACCCACACUUCAAUUAGAUAAUCUUAUUGCCGGCAAUUAUACAUUCAAAUUAACAGUUGAAGAUUCAAAUCAUGUUACAAAUUCGACAAGUGCCAAUAUAACUGUCCUUAAAGUGACCGAUUAUCCCCCAAGUGCAAAUGCAGGACAGGAUGUUAUCAUUUAUCUACCUCUAAAUACAUUAACGCUUAACGGUAACUUAAGUACCGACGAUCGAGGAAUAGCCAAUUGGGAAUGGACAAAGAGUCCAUCUGACCAGAAUAAAGCAGUGGAUAUGCAGAAUACAAGAACACCUUACUUACAAUUAUCAAACUUAGAGGAAGGAAUGUACACGUUUGUACUUAAAGUAACAGACGAUUCUGAGCAAUCUUCCACGUCGGAAGUACAUGUAUUUGUAAAACCUCCAACGAAUAAACCACCAAAAGCCGAUGCUGGUGACGAUAUAAGCAUAGCAUUACCUACAACUCGUGCUGUUCUAAACGGGACGAGAAGUAAGGAUGACAUAAAGAUUGUCUUGUAUCAUUGGGAGCAAGUAAGCGGACCUAAUAAAGCGGAAUUUGCUACAGUUAACGAAUCCAUUACAAAUAUUACAAAAUUGACUAAAGGUGAUUAUUCAUUUAAAUUGACUGUUGUUGAUGAUAAUGGGAACGCGAAUUCGGAUACAGUCAACGUGAAGGUAACACAAAAUAAAAAUGCGCCUCCAAAAGCGAAUGCCGGUGGAGAUCAAGUUGUAACGGCGCCGAUUAGCGCUUUAAUCAUUAAUGGUUCACAAUCAAGUGAUGAUUUAAGGAUAGGACAAUGGCUCUGGACCAGAGAUCAAUCUAGUCUUGCGAUUGGUACUAUAGUUCAAAAUACAGAUAAAUCACCAGUUUUAAUGCUAACAGAUAUAAUUCCUGGUCGUUACGUUUUUCGAUUGAAAGUAACGGAUGAUCAAGGUCUGAGCAGUGAAGAUACGGUAUCAGUAAUUGUAAAACCCGAUCCACAAUUAUUGCAUUUGGUGGAAUUAACACUAAAUAUUGGGGCUAGCAUGUUAACUGUAUCACAAAAAAAUUCUUUGGUAGUGAAACUGCAAAUGUUAUUGCGAGAUGAAGCUUCGAUCAUCGUGAGAAGUUUCAGAGCAGAACCACAUACUGGAAAGGCUGUUUUGAUAUUUUAUGUGGAAAAAAAAGGAGGAAAAACAACAUUGCCUGGUCCAGAAAUAGUUAAAAGACUAAAAGAAAAGUUACUACAAGAUUCCGGUCUCUUGCAGCUGUCAGUUGCUAAUAUAGAUACCGUUGUAUGCCAAAAUAAUUGUUCAGGUCAUGGUGUAUGUGAUCAAGAGACGAGACAAUGCUUAUGCGAAGCAUUUUGGAUGCAAAAUUUAUUACAAAAAUAUUUUGGUAAUGGCGACUCUAACUGCGAUUGGAGUAUCCUGUAUGUGAUAAUAGCAUUGCUGUCAUUAGUUAUAUGUUGGGUUGGAUUUAUUUGGGGUCUUGUUUGCUUGUGUCAAAGGAUAUGCUCCGGUAGAAGGCGUUUACUUCGAUCUAAGAAAAAACCACCGCGUUAUUCUUUACUGCAACCAGAACCAGAAGAUGAUAGCAGUGCAUUUUCAACUCACAACAAGAUGGUAUUAUCGGAAUCUGACACCGAUUCUGACGAUGUUCUGUUUGAGCAUCGUAAGAGUAAAAGCGGCAGUCAUAUAAGUAAUCAUGUAAGAAAUGGUAAAUCUCGGAAUGGAUUUAUCAAAGUUGGUUCUCGAGUGAAGACAUGAGAAAUGCAAUAGUAACAGUGCAAGGAUAAAUAGCGCACAGCUAUUCAUGUAAAUUUGGCCAAACUUGAAAUGCUAGUCAGGAAGGUGUAUAUAAGUUUACUUAUGUACCUAAAAACAAUCGUCUCCAAAAUCGGUAUUGAUAACAAUGUUUCAAAAAAAUAGACUUUAAGUACUGUUUAUAGAUAUGCGACAUUAAUACAACGUCACAUUCUACGUCACGUUACUUAAUUCGUCUUAAGUAUUAUUAAUCAAUUCUAUUCUGUACCUAUUACGUGAUCUUAAUUGUAUCAGCAAUCGUUGACACGAUUAAAUGCGGCGUCACGUCAAUCUAUUUGAGAGCUUGUCUAAGUAUUAUUAUGGCCUUAGAAAUUACUUAAAUUAAAAAUUAAUAUGUAGUAAGCACUGUAUCAUCAAGUCUGUAUGUCGUUUAUAUGUAUCGCUUACUCUUUAAUAUAUACAGUGUCGAUCUUAUUUUUACACUCUAUGGAUACUAAAUAAAAUUUGAUAUCCA